AUGCCCCCAAAGUAUAUAUACUACCCUAAACUUGAAUGUAUGAAGACCCUCUAUCUAUGCGCCCUGCUACUACUAGCUAUUCUAUCGGCCCAUGGAGUGGCUGAUGUAGCCGAGGACCCAGAAAUAACAGAGAAGAACGAGGAGGAAGAGGCCGCCCGUCAACCAAAUCUCGACCAUGACGAACUCCCCGAGGCCACUAAACCGCAAGAAGAGUCGUAUGAAAUUCCAUUAAACUUUAGUGAGUUGGUGAACAACCUGCCAUCCAAAGUCUCACUUCCUACUCUAGACUACAGCUAUGAGGAUGUCACCGCCAUAAUUCCAACCGUUGUCUUGAAGAUGCAUUAUGAAACCACCCAUCGCAAAUACGUUGAUUUAUACAAUGACAUGGAUCAAACUUCGCACGUAAUCCCCAAUCUUCUUGAUGGAGCCGCUUUAGAAAACCCAGAGAAGAAGAUGCAGUUUAUUUUUGGAGGCUUCCUAAACCACGCACUAUAUUGGAAGUCUUUUUCCCCCAAUACCGAAGAUUAUGAAAUCACUGGCGACCUCAAAAAAGUGUUUGAUAGUUCUUUUAGCGAUCAAUCCGAGUUCCUGAGCCAGGCCAAGGCCAAAAUGGGCGAAAUACAAGGCUCGGGGUGGCUAUGGGUUAUGUACUCGCCGGCAUCAAACAGCAUUUACCUUGAUGUUAGUUGCGGGCAUUGGUUCCCCAUUCAAGAUGUUCCUCUACUUUGUGUUGAUGUUUGGGAGCAUGCCUAUUUAGUCAAUGGAGAAGCUAGUAGCAAGACUGACUACACCAACGCCAUUCUGAAUGCACUCAACUGGAAAUAUGCUAACGAACGAUUCACUGCCAUCCAAGAAAAGGAGAAGGAGCGAGAAGCAUUGGUAAGCAAAAAGCCCGGCAUUCCCAAAUAUGUACUACUAUCCGGCGAUCCUCAUGGUGUUGGCGCCUCUCCCGCGACAGCUAAAAGUGAGCCCGAAGAGUCUGAAGAAAAGGCUGCCGGGCCUCCACCUAGUGUUCCUGCCCCAACCAAGGAGACAGCAGGCCAUCCUAUUUUCCACCACCCAGAGCCAAAAGUCCAUGGCUGCUCUGACUCUUCGUCGUCCCAAUCACGAUCUUCUCGCCGUAGCUGCAGCCGAAGGAGAAGUCGACGAAGAAAAGCAUCCUGUCGAGGCAAUUCGCGUUCAUCAUGUCGUCGAUAG